GGACAUUUAAAGCUUGACAAACAAAACGUUUUAUUAUCAGAAUGUUGGGCGAGAUUGGCAUGUCAACAUGUUUAGAUUCGAUAAGGACUGAAUUUAUGUGAAUGAAGGAAAUAGAAAUGCCCUUCAUAGUCAAGCCCUUUGUCAUAAAAUAUAUGGACGAUUCAGAUUCGAAAUGUAAAGGAUGUAAAUCUAAAAUAGGAUCGGGUUCGCUUGUCCUUGGAUACGUGGCGGAUCAAGGACCAGACAAGCGGGUGAGGUGCGUGACCAGUUGGUUCCAUUAUAAGUGCUUCUGGACGCUUUGUGUGUACAAAAAUCACCUUCGAGGUGUCGAUCCAGAAACUCUCAAUGAAAUUGUGUUUGGAAUAAACGGACUAUCAAAAGCAGACAAAUUCAACUUCCAAAACGAAGCCAGCAGCCCACCAAUCUCCACGCACAGACGUUCUAAUAAGACACCAGAGGGCAGCAUCAUUGCUGGAAGGGAUGUUGGGAGUGUGGAGGGCGGGGAUUACGAAGUGAAUGAAAAUGUGUUCGAUUUGACAGAUUUAGUGUGUGCUACUGUUUAUAAACACCAGACUAAUGUUCUUGUGAGUAUACGCGAAUUUUUUCUGCUGAAAGGGUCCAACAUUGCAAAGCCCUCAAAGCGAGGUAUUUCGCUAAAUAAACUACAAUGGCGAGAGCUCUGUUCUAUUGAAAAUGGCAUUGAGGCGGCGACUAAAAUCAUGGCCGCCAGAGAAUCAAAAUCUAAAGAGUCGAAAGGGAAAGGACAGAAGGAAAAGAAAAGUAGAGAGGAUGAAACAGAUGAAGAAGACGAAGGCCCGGGGCAGAUUUUAUUUUCGUUGUCAUGGAAACGGCGAGUGAGUGUUUAUCAAUAUCAGGAGGAGGUCAUCGUAGACAUCCGUGAGUACUCGGAGGGUCGGACUUUCCAGCGGUCAACGAAAGGUGUAGCCCUGACCAAGCCUCAGUGGACAAAACUCAGAGAAGAAAUGCCCAACAUUGAGGCCCUUGUGCAGCAGAUGGGGCUUUGAAGUCGUUACACAAACCGUUUUGAACCUUAAAAAUUCAAUGGACAAUGUUUCGUCCCCAGUGCAACACGAGAAAAUGUAGCAUAUACAUGUAUCUGUAUGAUAGUCUCCUUUUGAACCUUAAACCCCUAGAAAGACAAGGUUCAACAUGAAGGCCCUGGUGCAGCAUAUGGAAGAAGUUGAAGUCACUCUUGAUCUCGUAUCCGAAUCGGAGCCGGUGUAAUGACGUCCCCUCCCCAUACUGGGCAUGUCCGGAACUCCCCGCCUGCUCGGACAGUCAAGAUGGACGGGCACCUGUUAUUGUCUGCCAUGAUUUUAGGUUUUGACAGACGCAUUACUACACCUUGGACAUAAUUACAAGCGUGUUAUCCAAUCAGUGCAAUAUGUAAUGUUGUAUGAAGUACAUAUCCAUGUAUACUGACAAAGAAGUUGAUGUUACAGGGAUGUCAACAGUCUCGUUCAAAGUCACGUGUUCGUAAAUUCUAUGGUCGUUAUAAUGAUCUAUUUUGUCAAUACAACAUGGCAUUGUGUCAAAUGCUGUC